AUGGACCGCAUCUUAGGCGAGAUCGCCGCGGCCCUGCAGGCCCGCAACGGCCCCGCCGCGGUUCGCUUGGUGCGGGAAUUGGACACCUCUCAGUCCGAUGUGCUGAAGCAAAUUAUUCAGGGAUCUGAUGCCCUCAGCCCUGCAGUGUUCGUGGGUGUGAUGGACGGCGUGCUGGCGCGUUGCAUCAGCCCAGGCGACGACCGCGGCGUGGGCGCUGCUGUUGACAAAGCCAAGGACAAGCUGAUUAAAGAAGAGAUCCUUGUCGUAAAGUUUUUGACCAUCAUCGUCGCGGACGCCAGAACAUGGGUCAGCUGCGCGCCCCUGCGCUGCCCCGAGUGCGCCGCAGCGGCCGGCGCCGCCGCUGCACGCGCCGCCGCGGCCGCGGUGGCGGCCGGCGCUUGCGCGACCGACGGCGGAAGCGCCCGCGGGCGACACGCGCGCGCGCGGCUGCUGAUUCUUAGCUGGCUGACUUUCCAGCUGCUGCGAGGCGAGGUCACGGAUGCGAGGCUCGCCACGGCGGUCGCCGCCUUGAGCCCUCCGGGGGCGCUCGAGGCUGUAUUUCUGGCAGGGCGCCUGAUGCCCCUCCCGCCAGACUACGCACAGGACUUUGGCAUGCCAAGUGUGCGCAAGGACUUCUUUGAUCCUCUGCAUGAGAUCGUCACGGUGGCAGAGGUGUUCAUCACCGCAGAGCAGAUGUUGGCGGAGAGCCAGGCCGCGCUCGGCGCGGAGGGGCGCGCGGCGGUCGCGGCGUUGCCGGGGCUGCUGGCGGAUGCGGCGGGCCCCGCCUGGGACUCGAUAGGCGCGCGCCUGGCCACGGGCGGGGACGCCGCGCUCCCCGCCGUCUUCCUGGCGGGGCUGCUGCCUGUCGUCGUGCAGCACGACGCAGCGGCCCAGGCGGCACUCGCCGCGGCGGCCGCGGCGCGCGCGGCGCGCGUGUUCCCGCCGCUCGCGGCGUUCUCGCGAACACCUGGCGCGCCUGGCGUGCUCCCCGACCUGCCCGCGCGGAUAUGGUCGGCAAUCUGCAGCUUGAGCCUCUGGGGCCCUGUCCACUCCAUCUUGGCAGCUUGCGGCGGGGCGCUGGCCAAGCACGCGCUCGGCUUCAUCGGCCAGUUGGCCCGCCGCGCCGGCGGCGCUGGGGUUGCCGGAGCCGCCAACGCUUUCGCGCCGGUCGCGCUGAAGUUUGCUACGCGCUUCCUGGUGCAAGCGACUGCCGCCGAGCUCAUACCCGGUGCCGCGCGGCACGGCAGCUGCGUCGCGGCCGCGCCGGGCGCGGCAGCUGCGCUGGUCGGCGGCGCGCGAAUGGGGCUUGCCGCGGUGCGCGCCAAGGGAGACGCCGCCUGCGACGAGGGCCGUGUCCUGGCGGACAUCUGCAAUUUGGUGGCGAUGGUGGCUUUUAUUGAGGCUCAGGUGGAUGAUCGCGCCGGCGGCGUCGGCAGCGGCGGUGGCGAGGAGAGCAGUAGGGCCGGCAGCUGGCUGGUGGCGCUGCACGCCUUGGGGGCUCUGCAGCUGGUUGCCGGCGCGCUGGCCGUGCCGGGGCUCGCUGGCGACGGCAAGGCUAUGACUGCACUUGCUGCGGCGGUGCUGGCUUACAGCCUCCCUCAACAGCAGCAGCAGCAGCAGCAACAGCAGCAGCAGCAGCAGCGGCGGCAGCAGCAGGAGCAGCAGCAGCAGGCGUUAACCGCAAGCGGGACCAACAUGGACGCGGUAGACGUGCGGCGGCGUGCCUGGGCGGCGCUGGUGGACGCGCGCACCGACACCAGCAUUGUGGCAAUACGGCUGCUCUGCGACUUCCGGGGGGCGUGCAGGGGCGACCUGGCCGCGACGCCGGGGGCGCUCGCAUUUGUAGCCUCCAAAGCAGCAAGCCUGGACGCUCGCGAGGCGGACAAGGGGGCGGACUUCCUGAGAGUCGUCGAGGAGUGGGCGGCGUCUGAGUGGGCGCAGCAUGGCGCUGGCAGCAGCCGCGACAUGUUUGUCAACGACAGCAGCGGCGAUGGCGGUAGCGGCGACGGCGGCGGCAGCGGCGGGAAGAGUGGCGGGUCACAUCAGGAUCAGGCGGACCAGCCGACCUUGUCUGGCAGUGGGGCACAGCUGGCCGCAGGUCAGGCUGAGGCGUUGGCGGCUGUCGAGCGCGUAGAGCGGUCCUUGGAGCGACUCCUGCGGCUGGCUGCCGAGGCGGCGUCGGCCGGCGCUGUUUUGGCGGCAGAUGUGGAGGCGGAGGCGCGCGCGGCGCUGGCGGAGCUGCGCAUGAGUGACGCCUGGGAGCGGGCGGCCCAUCAGCGGGGACUGCAAAGACAGCGGCAGGAACAGCAGCAGGAGCCGCACAGCAAGCAGCAGCAGGAGGAGGAGGAGGAGGAGGAGAAGGAGGAGGAGGGGAGUUCCGCUCCAUCAGCAGGGGCCAAGUUUAUGGCGCACUUGCAACAGCAACAGCAACACGAGCAGCAGCAGCAGCAGCAGCAGCAGCAGCAGCAGCAGCAGCCAGCAGGCUGCAGGGGUGCCACCUGCCGGCAAACAGCAUCAUGCGCUGCAUGUGGCACCGCCGAGGGUGCCGCAGGGGCACGGCUGCACCUGUGCCGCGGCUGCCAUCUGGCAUGGUUCUGCUCUGACGCGUGCUACAAGGGCCACUGGCCAGCGCACAAAGCGGCGUGCCGCAAAGAGCAGGCGCGGCGGGCGGGGCAAGCGGCGAUGGCGGGGCCCGCAUAG